GGAGGCGCGUGAGCAGAAAUGGAGCUCCGCGCGCGUGCGUGCCACACCCGAGAGGCGAGGAGAGCCAGAAGUAGCAGUAAUAGAAGCACUAGAAGCAGCGGCGUUGGCGUUGCCUGCGAUGGGAGGGAUUAACUACGUGAGACGGAGCAAGGCGGCGUUAGCGAGAGAGGAGGAGAACCAAGAGGAGGGGGAGGAGGGCGCGGAGUCCUCGUGGGAGGAGCUGCCCACGCCGCCGCCCUCGCCCUCCUCGCCUUCGCCCUCCUCGCCGUGGGGGAAGCCGGCCGGGGCCUGCGCCUGGGGCCCACAGAGGGGCGCAGAGAUGCUGGGCGCAGCCGGCGGCGGCGCGGGGCCCAAGGCGGCCAAGCCCUCCUUCGUCUCCUACAUCAGCCCCGAGGAGGUAUACAUAAGGGAGUCCACAGAAAAAGAAGUAGAACCACACUUGUUACCAGGUGAACUAGUACUUUGUGAAGCAAGCAUGGUUUGGAAGUGUGUACAAGAUAAUGGAUCUCAUCGUGGCACUUACGGAAAACUUAUUUGCACAAACUUCAAAAUUUCAUUCCUCUGUCAAGAAUCUACUUUAGAAGAUGAAUUGCAGUUCAAGAAUAAAAUCAUUGGGCAAAAUGACAUCACUCUACAGUGUGUAGACCAACUUUUUGGAGUUUAUGAUGACAGAAAAAAACCUAUAUAUGGCCAACUGAGAAAAUACCCAGAGACGAUAAUAAUUUAUUGCAAAGAUUUUAGAGUGUUUCGCUUUUGUUUGAGAUACACCAAGGAAGAAGAAGUUAAAAGGAUUGUCAGUGGCAUCGUUCAUCAAACACAGACUGCAAAGCUAUUCAAGCGUUUGUUUCUGUUCUCCUAUGCAUCGGCUGCACCAAAUGAUACAGCAGACGUAAAGACUGGGACAGUGAUGUUUGAGUCCAUGAAGGAUUGGCGUCAAGAAUUGGAACGGACCAAAGGAAACCUGAAAUUCAAAGUAGUGGGCUCUAAUGAAGACUACAGAGUCUCUAAAAAAUUAUCUCCGUACUUUGUUGUUCCUAUGGCUGUCUCGGAACAGGACAUUUUGCAGUAUCAAGGAAAAGGAAUUCCAAUUUGGUGUUGGUCUUGCCAUAAUGGAACUUCUCUCCUCAAGAUGUCAACUCUUCCCAAAGAACAAGAUGAUAACACUAUGCAGAUGCAGAAAAUCUUCUUGGAUGGGAUGUACAAGACAAUUGAUAAGCCUCCUUUCGAAGCCUUGAAAAUAGAGGAUCUUCCAAGCAGUCUUCCAUCUCUGCCAGAAAUUCAUGUUACAUAUUCUAGAUUUAAGCAGCUAUUUCUAAUAGAUAACAGCACAGACUUCUGGGAUACUGAUGUAAAGUGGUUUUCAUUACUCGAGAAUACAAAUUGGCUAGAAAUCAUAAGGCGGUGCCUGAAAAAAGCAGUAGAGGUUGUUGAAUCACUAGAAGCACAGAAUACCAAUGUUCUUCUUACAGAGGAGAAUGCUUCUGACCUGUGUUGUGUGGUUUCCUGUCUGGUUCAAAUUAUGAUGGAUUCAUACUGCCGGACAAAGCUGGGAUUUCAGAGCCUCAUUCAGAAGGAAUGGAUUAUGGGAACUCAUGCUUUCUUGGAUCGGUGUAAUCAUCUGCGGCAAAAUGAGAAAGAAGAGGCACCGGUCUUCUUGUUGUUCUUGGAUUGUGUGUGGCAGUUGGUCCAGCAAUACCCACCAGCAUUUGAAUUUACAGAGACCUAUCUAACUGUUCUGUCCGACAGCUUGUACAUUCCCAUAUUUAGCACCUUCUUCUUCAAUUCUCAAUAUCACAAAGACACUACCUUGUAUGGAGGAAGCCUGAAUACAGAAGGGAGUAAGCUUAGCUAUCUUUCUGUUUGGGAAUGGUCUGUACAAUUUGAACCUGAGGCACAGGCUUUGCUGAAUAAUCCUCUAUAUGCAGAGAAGCCAAAACUAGAUAAAAGUCAGAAGAAAACCACACGACUCAAGCAUCAGCGACAGCUUUCUUUGCCAUUGGCACCAACGAAGCCUGCUCCAAAAAGAGGAUUUUUUAAAGAAGAAACAGAUCAGUUACUGAAAAACAUUUUAGGCAAAAGAAUCAGCAGGUUGAUAACGUCUUCUGAUGAUCUUCAGACUAACUUCAGUGAGUUCUAUGAGAGCUGGCAUAGUAAGCUGGUUGAUCUCCAUGGACUACUGCUGCCACGACUCGAAGGGCCGGAAAUAAAGGUCUGGGCACAGAGGUAUUUGCGUUGGAUCCCUGAAGCUCAGCUCCCUGGCAGUGACACGGUUUCAACAAAAGUCUUGGAUGUGAUGGAAGAGGUACAAGGCUUGCAAAAGAAAAUGGACGAAAAACACAGCAGUGUCUCAGACGAAGAUGUGGAAGCUUCUCCCUUCCAGAGAAAUCCUGCUCGUUUGUCAUCCUCAUUCCCAUUUGCUUCGCUGCAGAGACAUUCCUUCAAACCAGUUUUACCUACCAGCUCAUGGAGAGACUUUGAAAGUGAGGAUGAAUUGGCCAGGCGAGAGGAUGAGUAUGUUAAUUUAGGAGAUGUUUGACAGAAUACUCUUUCUCUCGGAAAUGUAGAAAUGAAAAACACUUGCACACUCCUAUCUUAAUUGUCCACAUUUUCUGUGAUAGUCUAUCCCCCCCCCUUUUUUUUUGCUACAUUCUGGCAGAAGCUAAUUAGUGAAGCUUUUAUUAUAGGAAAAUGCUCCCUCAUUUGAGAAUAGUAAUGCAUUUUACAAAUAAUUUUAGCUCAUGUCCUUUCCUCAAUUUUUCUGUAAAAGUGGAGGAAAGUGGGCUGUAGCUGGGUUCUAUAGAGGCCAGCAAAGUCGUGGGUUAGAUCCAUUCUCCCAUUUGCCCUGUUUCCCUCCUGAAAGCCUUUCCUCUCUGGAAAUUGCAUGGCAGGAGAUGCCCCUCUUGUCUCUUGUAGGAACCUCUGCUGGUCUGAAUCCAAAAAUUAAAAAUUGUUUGAUCAUUUUUGGGAACAAAUGAGAUGUUAGGGCUUUCUGCAUAAGGUAUAUGAGCUUCUUCCUUGUUUGACUAUAAAAGUGGUAUUUGAGAAAUCUCCACCAAAAUUGAAAAAGGACCUAGUGGGAUAUAGAACGUCUUAUUGGUUGGAUCAUAAAAUGAACAGCGUUGCACUGUAAAAUUAGAUACUGUUUUUAAAACAGACUUAAACUUUGAAAGUUUAUGUCCUAGCCUUUUAAGCUUAAAUUAGAGAAAUACUAGGUAUUUUAUCUUUUUAUCACGCAUUCUGAUUUUUUCUGAUUAUCCAUUCUCUGCAUUAUAGUAUGUAGUAGAAGCCGUUUUGGGCUCUCUUACUAGAUAUUAUUCAAGUUCACAAUCUCUUCUUUCCUCACUAGUUUAUCUCCAUUAUGUCUAUUCUAGAGUCUUGGUUUGUAAAGGACUCUCCUUCCUGCCCGAGAACAGGAAGGGGCAGAACUUAGAGAUGCCAGUAAGCCAUAGAAAUUCUUCCAAUAGUUUGCUGAUGCAGUUAUUCUUCACUAAUGCCAGUAGCUUGCACUGAGCCUCAAGUCCUUCUUUUAGGAAGGACAGGUAAAAAUCUAUAUAUAGCUACGAAACUGGAUUUGUCAUCCAGCACUACUGCUUUUUAUAGACGUGGCAUUAAAGCUAACUAUGAAUGUAAGAUGUUUGUGCAUUGGAGCUGGGUUCCAGGAUAUUGUCUAAACAGUACCUCACUUAUAUAAGCCAUAUGGAAAUCUUGUCUGCCUGUGCAGAAUGGGUAACUUUCACACUGAGAACAGAUGUCAAGAAACCAAGAGAAUGAUGAAUCAACACUAUCAAAGACAGAAGUUGCCCGCAAGAGAGAACUGACUAACAAGGCUAUUUUUCUGAGGGCUGGAUCUUAAUUGAUGUCAUAGUAUAGAUGUGUUUAUUGAACUGCCCUAAGUGCAAUUCUUAAGCUUUGCCUUGCAGGUGGCUGCCCUCUUUUAGACCCGUUGCAAACUAGCCUCCUGCGGGAGCAAACUGUGCGAGCACGUCCAUGACGUCCUGAGUCUCCCCC